UCAUCCUCCACCACCGCUGCACACAAUGAACUCGACCGAGUGGUGCCAUUCCGACUACUGCCUCUCCUGCGAGCGCCGUCCGGUUCAAGGCGGCGAAUCACCCUACUGCUCGACGGAGUGCCACAACAACGACCACCGAAACUCGCUCGUAUCUCGUCCUUCCCUGGUCUGCAUAGAGCCUCCGUCAGAACCCCCACGCGAGACUUCCUCCACCGACUACGCCCGCAUCAGGGCCUGGCGGCAGGACGUCGCUCCAGGCGCACCCAAGUCUUCCCAACGCCCAAAGUUCUCCCUCCCCAAACUCAUUUCCCCAUCGCGACCACUCGCGCCAUCACUCACACACCCCAGCUCCUCCUCCUCCUCGGGCAGUCCUACUCCCUCACGUCCGAUCGCGACCCCGCACUCCGUUAACCACGCCACUCCCUCCUUCCACCACUCCUCAGAGUCCCUCACCAUGACCACCUCGUACCUCACGGAGUCCGUCGCAACCCCUCACUCGGGUGAUCUCCCCUCUCCACCCACCUACAAAUCCUCCCGCUUCGACAAGCUUCGAACCGCGGUCGUAGGGUCUUCUCCCAAACACUCGCAAACCUACCGCAGCCCACCUGCCCAGCCUAACAUCCGUGGCAUCGACUCUGUCGUCAUCCUCGGCCCCUCUCACCGCGGCCUCCUCACCGUCUCUGACGAGGACCUCAUCGCGGCUGAAAAGCCAAGCGCAUACUCCCGCGGAGAGGACAUGGUGUCCGCAUGGCUCGGUCCACCACCCUCUCAGCAACCCCGACGACCUCUCGAGUCCUCUGAUCUCGCCAACGGAUACCGAGGGCGGAGGAAGGGUGUCCCAUGCAUGUUCUGAUUUUCUUGAUUUUAUUCUUCAAUCUCAACUAGAUUUCUCUUCUUCUCUUCAUACGCACGAUCAACACUCUUUGCGGACUCGUCUCUCCACUCUAUUUUUGCCAUACCCCCAUGUUCACGACUUCCUUUCUCUCAUGCUCCAUCUCGUCCCACUCCUUCCUAUGUUUUCCAUUUAGUACUCCGUUCCGCUUUCUCCCACCCGAGGAUCAAAAAACUUCCUGUUCUUCCAAAAGGUCCUCCCUUCGUGGUCGUUCUCACUCAAUCGCAUACAACUCGCAUAUCAACCGUUCUCCGCUCUCGUCUCAUCGCAUAUCCCCCGUUCAAUCAAAUCUCUCACUCCACCGUAUAUUCUUUCGUCGCAAUUACCCAUCAUCCACUCAACCCUUCGCACUUCGUCCUGGCUACUCUACCGGCCUCUUUCCACUUUCUGUUUGACAGCGUCCCCCAUCCCCCACCCCCGUUUCAGCUUCUUGUCGAUAUAUAGUUUCUCUUUGCGUCCGGCUCACGUUACAGGCCCGCUUACCCUCUGCAUUCACGUCCUACCCCCCUCAGCAUCUUUC